UUUCGCUGAUUACACAUUCCGCUUAACGAUAGCAUUGCGCUGAUUUCGCCGUGAAAUAAAUACUCAGAUUCAUACUUUCGAUCAGAAUUAUGUGCCACAUAAUGCGUUGCAUCUUGAUUGUUUGCGUGGCCUUGUCGCUCCUUGCCGCCGGCUGCAGUGUGGAGGCCUCCAACUCCCGACCGCCGAGGAAGAACGACGUGAACACCAUGGCGGAUGCUUACAAGUUCUUGCAGGAUCUGGACACCUACUACGGCGACAGGGCACGGGUGCGAUUCGGCAAGCGGGGAGCAUUGAUGGAAAUCCUGAGGAACCGCGAACUAGACAACAGCUUCAAUCUGGGCAAGAGUAUCAACAGCGGCGGGGACUUGGUCCGCGCCUUGGAUGAGGAGGAGGUAUAUUAGACCCAAAUCGAGGCGACCUUGGCAAUGUCAACCAACUCAUGAGUCUAAUUCUAAGCACACGCGUUAUCGUUUAACUUAUUUUUAUCGGGGCAAUAGUUUAGCGAGUCGACACGAACGAAUGGUAGUUGCAGCUGAGUUAAGUAUUUAUUGUAGUCUUGAUGUUAGCUGAUUUAAUAAUAA